ACAGCCACUCGGUCAAAGUAAUUGCAAAGCAAGUAAUUGUUUCACAUACUAGUGAAACUGUGAGUUAGGAGAAAAUCAACUUCAGCCCUGGUGCUCUGUGUAGGAAGUAGCUGCAGAGGAUGGUGUGUGCCUAGAGUUGCGAGCGGAUUGCGGCAGAAUAGAUUAAUCUGUGCGGAUAUUUUUUCAAUUAAACCCAAUCGUUGCAAGUGCAGCCGUGUGUGCAGACGAGUGUAGUAUCAUUUCCGCAACGAUAUAACUCGCAGUCCCGUUUGGCAGUAGCGCGUAGGAUGAUUGUGUAGAUACCUUGCCACAUCCCACAGAGUUACAACCAUUUCAUGGUGUGAAGAUGUGAAAAGUUGCUAACAGUGCACCGUUUCGUAAAAAGUAAAAAACCGGUACUCCUGUAGCGGCUCUGCAGGGGAAUCCGACACUGAAACUACGGAUACAAGCCACCAAGUUGGAGAAAGAAAAAAAAGCUUCCCCGACACGUAAUGAACACCAUCGCAUUAACCUUGUUGACAAUGCUGUACUAGGGCCUACGCUAAUAGGGUUAAAGUUUGGAGCUGCCAGCGGAUGUUGACCUAUGUCCGUCUACCAGACGAAAGGCCAGAAUCUCAUCGCAGAAACAGCACACAGCACUUUUUCAACAAAUACAAUUAGCCGCUAGCAGAUAGGAUGCACUUUUCGAUACCGAGCACCCAAGAAUUUGUAUCCGAUGGAAGCGGAUCAUCGUACACGGGCUUCAACAUUCACAUAAAUGGCAGUUUUCACUGUUGCCUUCGAUACAAGCAGCUGCACAGUCUGCACGAACAGCUUAAACGGUCUCUACCGUCGAUCGCACUUCCCAGCUUUCCUCCAAAGAAACUGCUCUCUCUCACACCGAAUCAAAUCGAACAGAGGCGUUUGAGUUUAGAGCGUUACAUACAGCUAGUGGGCCAGGAUCCGGUACUGUGCCGGUCGGAGUUGUUGCGCGCAUUCUUGUUGAAUGCCCAGCAGGAGUCUUCAUUUACCGAAUGUAGCGAAGUAACGCUGGACGUUUACCUUAUGAAUGGCUACCGAAUAUCGGCCAACGUCUACACAACCGAGUGCACGAGCAAGGUGCUAGAGAAGGCUUGUGCAUUGAUCGACCUAGCGAAGGAUCGUGCCUGCUACUUUGCGCUGUACCUAAUGUGCAAGGAGCCAAACGGUGAGCUAACGAUCGUGAAACGUUUGAUGGACUUUGAAGCUCCGUAUAUCUCAGCAAAACGUUGGGAUGAAUGCAAGCUGGUGCUGCGCACCGGAUAUUGGGAUCCGUGCUACGAUGUCGAACUGAUGCGUGAUCGGAUCGCGCUUAAUCUGCUCUACAUCCAAGCGCUCAGCGAUGUCGAGCGGGGCUGGAUUGUAACGUCCCGCGAUCUUAGCGAGCAGCUCACAAACAUGCAGGCGCGGGGCAGCAAGAGCGAGUAUCUAGAAGUCGUCCGGAAGCUACCACUGUACGGAUGUCUUCAGUUUCCACGUGCCAAUGUGGACUUUCCCGAACCGAAUACGGUAGCGACGAUCGUGCUGGGAAAUAAGGAACUCAAUUUACUAACGUACGUGGGAAAAGAGAUGCAGGAAACCAAAUUUAAAGUCACGCGCAUCCGGUGUUGGCGUGUAACUCCUAUCCAUAUUAAUGAAGAACAAUCCUCAACUGUUAAUGGUCGCUUGCAACAAUCAUCCCAACCAUCGCCAUCACAAUCGUCCACGAUCAGCUUGGAGCUUUCGUUCGAGUACUUGAUGGCGAAGAACCAGCUCAAGUGGAUUACUAUCUAUAGCGAACAGUCGAUGCUUAUGUCCGUGUGCCUUCAGUCGAUCGUCGAUGAGCUACUCAAUCAGAAGAAUGGAUCCGAUCCCGCACAUUUGCAGAAUCCACAACAUGUAGAUUAUACGCCACUCUCCUACAUUCGACGGGAUGGAUCAAACCAUUGCAUAACCGAUUCUUGUUCAACCGAUACUCUCUGCAAUCUAGUUAAUAACGAUAGUAGUAGCAACAACGGAACAUCGAAUCAUGCGACGCAACAACAACACUCCACAAACAACGGGUCUUCCUUUAUUCGACGUAAACUGAAGGAAUUCAACACGACAGUACGCUUCAAAAAUGGCAAAGAUUCCGUGCAGAACGAAGCAUUCGAGUGGAUUGGCGAUGACGAUCUUUAGAACCUUUGUACAGAGAAUGUUUCUGUUUUUGAUAAAGAAAUUUACUCUCCAAAAUUUUUGGGUUGUUAAAUCCCCAUUCUUCCCUUUUUGUUACUCAUGCUUUGUAGUAUAUAUUAUGGUAGGGGCAGCCAACAACGACGGAAAGGCAGAAUCAUAUAUCAUGUUGUUUACUCCUCUUCGUUUUUGUAUCUUCUUUGUGUUCAUGUUGCAGCGAAAGUUUAAGAGAGCAUUCAGAGGGAAUAAUCAUUUAUACCAUAGCUAUAUGUUUGGUCUAUGCUUGCUACGAAUUUCUCCAUCAUCAAUCGAUUCUAUAUUUGAAUGUGUUAGUUUGUUCUAGGACGUGUAACAGAGCGCAGAGAUAACUAAAAUGUAAAACAACCAUAUUUUGUAACAGUGUACCCAUUUGGUUUAGUGUAUAGUCCAUCCACUAUCGAGAAGAUCAACUAAUGCGUGAGGGUACGUAAUAAAUGGUAACCAAGAACGGUAGAUUAAUGCUUG